AUGGCUUUCACUGGCGUGUCCCUCAUCGUCGAUGGUAAGUUGUGCGACCUCACCUCGUCGCCCUUCGACGCUGGCGUGGACAGCGGGUACCAUUUGCUCGUGGUCCAAGGAUACUCCAGUACUAAAGGCUCAACACCAAACGGGGAUUGCAUCUCAUCUCGUCCUUUCCUGGUUGGUGGCCAUCGCUGGAUUGUCGAGUACUACCCAAAUUGUAGGGAUGAUGAUGAUAAUGACGAUAAGGAGUUUAUGUCGGUUAUGCUUGUCCAUGACGACGAUGUGGGAGGACACCAAUGUGUCAGCCAGGGAGUCAAGGUUCAGUAUGAGUUCAGUUUCAUUGAUGAGCCUGAGUUGCAGGUGCAAACGAUCAUCCGUCGAGAUCAAAAGUUUGACAUCACUCGGCCAUAUAUGGGCUACACAUGGUUCAUGCGAAACCAGGUUCUGGAAAGAUCAAGACACCUGAAGAACGAUAGCUUCGUCAUCAGAUGCGACAUUUUCAACAAUCUUCUCUUCACAAAGGAGGGUGCUGACAUUACGUUUGAGGUUGGUGGCAAGAAGUUCGCAGCGCACAGGUGUAUGCUUGCAGCCCGAUCUACGGUCUUCAAGGCACAGCUAUUCGGGGCCAUGGAUGAGGGCGCUACUACGAUAAGUGUCCUCAAGAUAAAUGAUAUCGAACAAAACGUCUUUAGUACGUUGCUUACUUUCAUCUACACCGAUGCAGUUCCAUGGUUCAUCCUACUGGAGGAGAAUGAAGGAUAUGAAGAGGAAGAUUAUGAAAUAAAAAUGGUGCUAAAUUUGCUUGAAGCUGCGGUCCGAUAUGAUCUCCAAAAGCUGAAGAUAAUCUGUGAAGAGACAUUGGCCAGUUAUUAUUACCUAACCAUAGACAGUGUGGCAGACAUUAUUGUGGUGGCUGAGCGGAUGGGAUGUCGCUGGUUGAAGGAUGUGUGCUUGGAGUUCAUCAAAUCCCACACGAGCAUGCACAAGGUAUUCACCGCUGAUUUGUUGGACCAGAUCAUCAGAACCACCAGCCUCUCCGGCCUGAAGGAGCUCAUCUCCAAGUUUCGUGCUUCCUAAAUCCUUCUAGCAUAUAUAUGUUCGCCUUAUAAAUUUCGGCGGGUCAUCAGAUAAAUCGU